CACAGAAGAGAAAGAUUCUUCUCUAGUUUUAGCUGAUUUUGCUCUCUGGACAUGAGUGAAACCAUGUCUGAUUGGCCACAGUUUUACGAUCAAAAUCUUUCCGAUCAGGAGAUACCGAAUCGCUUUCGCGUUCUGACAUCGGAAUUGGUGUUCGGCGAACAAGGUUCCGAUACUUCUGCCGUCGUCAACACUUCCACGGUCACCACGAGCUCCACUCAGGUGAGCUCCGGACUAGGUGGGGGUGGUCAUUUGAGCCCCGAUGGCCGCGUCGGGAAGCCAGCCCGAAGACGAUCAAGGGCUUCAAGGCGAACCCCGACUACCUUGUUCAAUACGGAUACCACCAAUUUCCGAGCCAUGGUUCAACAAUUCACUGGCGCGCCCACUGCUCCUUUCGAGGCGGGAGGUUCUCACUCCGCUGGGCCGAAUUUCGGGUUCGGGUUCCAAGUUAACCCUAAUAACUCCCCGAUGCUUCCUCCCACCGGUUUUCACUUGCAAUAUCAACAAAAUCAAUUACUCCAUCACCACCAAAACCAGCCGUUGAUGUUUUCAUUGAACAGAAACGAUAACAAUCCGGGAACAGGGGAGGUUUACUUUCAAAGAGUAGGCGGCGGCAACCCACGGGCGAUCAUGGAAGGUGGCGGUGCAGUGGCGGAGGGUGUUUCCUCACAGGUUCGUGGCUCUAGAACAUCAGCCUCUUCCAAUGAUAAUAGGGCUAACCCUAGGCUCAUGUUUUGAGAAUGUUAGGUACUGACUUCUCUUAGAGAGCACGUAAACGUCGACCAAUGUAUAUAUUCCUAGCAAUUAAUUAAUGGGCUGUGGGAUUCUUGUUUUCUAAAACAAUGGGCCAAUCCAAUUUCA